AUGCCGCAGUCGCCAAUGAUCUCGGUGCCUUUAAAGGCCACUGUUGACAUUGAUUGGGUUGGUCCAUUAAAGGGUUAUAUACGCCAGAGCUACGGAGACGACCCCGAGCGCUACGCUGAAGAGUGUGCCACCCUCAACCGCCUGCGGCAGGAUAUGCGAGGGGCCGGCAAGGAGAGCACAACUGGCCGCGACAUGUUGUAUAGGUACUACGGUCAGCUUGAGCUACUCGAUCUGCGAUUCCCCGUUGAUGAGCAGCACAUUAAAAUCCCCUUCACUUGGUUUGACGCCUUCACCCACAAGUCAACGAUGCAAUAUUCUCUGGCAUUCGAAAAGGCAUCCGUCAUCUUCAACAUCUCCGCCGUCUUGUCAUGCCAUGCAGCUUUCCAAAACCGGGCCGAGGAGUCACGUCUCAAAGUUGCCUACCACUCGUUUCAGGCCUCGGCCGGAAUGUACACUUAUAUCAACGAAAACUUUCUUCACGCGCCUUCCUUCGACCUAAGCCGGGAAACAGUCAAGACAUUGAUAAGCAUUUUGCUUGCCCAGGCACAAGAAGUCUUCUUGGAGAAGCAGGUGGCGGAUGGCAAAAAGGUGGCAUUGCUUGCCAAGCUGGCUUCGCAAGCAGGCUACCUUUACGGCCAGGCUAUUGAAGGGGUUCAAGACAAUGUCAACAGGGCAAUUUUCGAGAAGGUUUGGUUGAUAAUGGUUCAGAUCAAGACGCAUUUGCUCAAUUCAAUGGCCCAGUACUACCAAGGCCUUGCCGACGAUGACUCGAAUCAGCAUGGCAUCGCCGUGUCUCGAUACCAGGUCGCAGAAACCCUCGCAAAAGAAGCGGAUCGAAUGUCGCGAAACUUCCCUUCUUCAGUGCCCGCCAACUCAAACCUGAGUGCAGAGUGUGGCGCCCAUCUGUCAGAGUUGUCAAAGCGGCAUUUAUCAACAGUUCAGGACAAGCUCCGCGGUGCGAUGAAAGACAACGACUUUGUAUACCAUCAAAAUGUUCCUUCUGAGGCAAGUCUCCCGCCGAUCGCCAAGCUUCCCGCCUCGAAACCUAUCCCCGUGACGGAACUUUACGCUGGCCAGGAUAUGCAACGCAUCACCGGACCCGACCUAUUUGCCAAGAUUGUACCAAUGGCCGUGACCGAGUCAGCAAGUUUGUAUGAUGAGGAAAAGGCGAAAUUGGUUCGAGCCGAGACCGAGAGAGUAGAUACAGCGAACGGGGAGAUGGCGGCAAGUCUUGACUACCUCCGAUUGCCUGGGGCAUUGCAGGUGCUUAAAGGUGGCUUUGACCAGGACAUCAUCCCAGACGAAGAUUUCCGUCAGUGGUGUAGCGAUGUUGCUGACCACGAGAGCCCUGCCGAUAUUUUUGAUGUGUUGCGUAAAGAGAAGGAAUCGAUCGUCUCAACUCUGGACAGCUGUUCUAAGCAGCUGGACAUGGAAGAGGGUGUGUGCGAGAAGAUGCGGUCAAAAUUUGAAAGUGAAUGGAGUCAGCAACCCAGUUCCCGGUUAACAACCACGUUGAGAUCCGAUAUCCGCAGCUAUCGAGAAGCAUUGGACGAGGCAAUAAGGAACGACAAUGGGCUUGCAAAUAAAUUGCGACAGAAUGAGCACGAGUUUGACGAAAUGCGGCACGCAGCUCAAGAAGGCCAAGUUGACCAGCUGUUCCAGAUUGCUGUGUCUCGGGCCAGGGGUAGCCGCGUGUCUAGUCCCUCAAGAACCGAGCCAAAUCUGCUAGACGCCGACUUCGGGGAGAGUGGAACAAGUGUGUUGGACCAAGUCAGCAGAGUCGAAGAUAUUCUAAAAAAGCUCAAUCUCAUCAAGCGUGAGCGGAACCAAGUUUUGAAGGACCUCAAGGACAAGGUGCAUAAUGACGACAUUUCGCAGGUUCUGAUCUUGAAUAAGAAGUCGAUAGCCAAUUACGAAAGUCAACUGUUUGAGCAGGAGUUGGAGAAAUUCAGGCCACAUCAGAAUCGCCUGCUGCAAGCGAACCACAAACAAUCACAGCUGAUGAAGGAGUUGACGGUCACGUUCAACGCCCUCCUGCAGGACAAGCGCGUCAGGUCGGAACAGAGCAGGUACGAGGCCAUUCAACGGCAGCGGUCGUUGGCCAUCAAUAGAUACAAGAGGGCAUAUCAGGAAUUUCUGGAUCUCGAGGCGGGGCUGCAAAGCGCGAAGAAUUGGUACGCGGAGAUGCGGGAGACUGUGCAAAGCCUGGAGAAGAACGUGGAGAGCUUUGUGAACAACCGACGGGCCGAGGGCGCUCAGCUGCUCAACCACAUUGAACAGGAUCGGUCAGCCAGCAAGAACUCGCAAGCAGAACUGGAACGAGAGCGGUUGCGGGAGUUGAUGGAGCGCAUGUCAAUGGAGCCAGAAAAGCCGAAGGCGGCAUCAGAACCGCCGUCGACUUGUGGGCGGCCAACACCUGCUCCCUUGUUCCAGGCGGGCCAGGGGCCACGAUAUCCGCAGACCAAUUUUCAGGGACAGUACCAGGUAGCGACGUCGCCACCGCCACCGGGUCAAGCCAGAUACCCAGGAUACUCGAGUCCUCCACCACCACAAAGCACUUUCACCCAGCCCACGUAUGACCCAUCGCAGUACGGGCGGACGCCGGGACCGACAUCGCCACCACCGAAUCAACUAUCGUUUGGCGUGAGCUACAUGGCACAAUCGCCGCCCCCAAACCAAACAUCGUUUGGACAGGCGCACCAGAACCAGACGCACCAGCACCAGACGCACCAGCACCAGACGCACCAGCACCAGACGCACCAGCACCAGACGCACCAGCACCACCAGAGCCACCAGACUUACGGCAGCUACGGGGCAUCUCAAACGCAGCAGCAACCCGGCUACGUGCCGCUGGGGUUCGUGCCUCCCCCACCUCCUCCCGGCCCUCCUCCUUUGGGGCCCCAGCAGACUUUCCACUACGGUGGUGGUGAUGGCGGCCAAGGUCAGCCCUAUGAAAUCCCUGGCGGACAAGCACAAGGUGCUCAGCCGAGGUCGGCCCAGCAGCAACAGCGACAGCAACAGCCCCAUGAUCCGUGGGCGGGGCUCAGCUCCUGGAAGUAA